GCCUUUCCCUCCUCCUUCUUCUUCUUCUUUAAAUAGUUGGAAUAAUGACAAGGACCGAAGAUACACCUAAAGGGUCUAUGCUUCAGGUUGAUUCACCUGAGCCGACCUUACUUAAAGUGGAAACAUUUGAUCCUGGACGAGAUUAUCAAACUCAGUCGUGGAAAAAUGGCCUUGGGAAAACUUCAGAAAUAUCCAUCUAUCCUUCCGGCAGAGACUACAGACAAGACGCUUUUUUCUGGAGACUAUCCGAAAACGAAAUAGAUGCAGAUUUCAACUUUCCCAUAUUGUUGGGUUAUGAAUGUACAAAUAUUAUUUUACCAAACACGAACUCUCGUAAAUCCACAAUACAUCUAAACCAUCGCGGUGAAGAAGCCUCAACAACCAUCAAGCCCUUAUUCCCUUAUUCUUGGAACUCUGAAUGGGUUACCACCUGUAAGGUUACCAAUGCUCCUGUUACAAGUCUUCAAUUCCUAAUCAAACGUGAUCUGGGAGUGGCCCAAUUUUCAAUUGACAAAGUUUCCAGUGAAAGUGCUAAACUUAUUCUUGGUGCCUUUGCACUUGUUUAUAUUGUCGAAGGUAACGUACGUAUCAGUUUAGAUGAGAAUAACCCGCAGAGCUACAAUGGUGUCCUGACUGCUGGCCAAACCUUAUAUGUUGAACGAGAUGAAGAUGCUAGUCCUACAACCAUGUUGAUACAAGCCUCGGAUCCGACAGGAACUGUUGGUAAACGAGAUAUUGAGGAUGCAACCAUUGUGACUAUACAGAUCACCGAGGUUAAACCAAAAGGCGCCCCUUCCAUCACUCUAUCUGAUUAUUUUGCGUUACAAACAGCCCCGUUUUCAACGGCAAAUACACCUUCUGUUGCAACGCCGGGAGGUCUUGUCACAACUCACAUUGAAGACGAAUCAAGCCGUCGUCGGGAGCCUAGACGUAAGGGGUCACUUGUUGCAUACGAUGACAAUCUUCCUCAGCACCACGAAAAAACAGAGCCUCGUGAAAAAAUUGAAUCAACCACCAAUCAAAUUUACGAACCUCCAACAUUUGAUUUUUUGAAUCUGGAUACAGACGUCCCUCCGCCAGUGGUGCGUGAUCGUUUAGUGGUUGAGGAUUUCCCGAGACAUAGCAUAAGUACAGCAUGGAUAAAGAUGGUCAAACAAGGCUUAAGCGAGUGGCUAAGAAUGCCUGUAAUUGUAUGUCGAGGAACUGAAGACGGGCCAGUCGUUGGUAUUACGGCCGCAGUUCACGGCAACGAGUUGAACGGAGUCCCUUGUAUUCAUAGAGUCGUAUCUCAAAUAGAUGUAAACAAACUACACGGAACGGUGGUUGCGGUUCCUUGUGUCAAUGUUUCAGGUUAUCUCAAAUUUAUGAGAGAAUUUGCUGAUGGCAGAGACCUAAAUAGAUAUUUUCCUGGUCGAGAAGAUGGGUUUGCAUCACAGGUCUAUUGCUAUCAGUUGAUGAAUAAAGUGAUUUCACAGUUCAACUAUCUGAUUGAUUUACAUACAGCAAGUUUUGGAAGGGUCAAUUCUUAUUAUGUUCGAGCAGAUAUGAAUGACCCAGUUUCGGCCACAAUGGCUCGUUUACAACAACCUCAAAUUGUCUUACAUAAUUCGGGCCAAGACGGUACUCUUCGCUCUGCUGCUUCUGCAAGGGGUAUUCGAGCUAUUACAGUUGAAAUUGGCAAUCCUCAGCUAUUCCAAAGCCAAUAUGUUCAAUGGUCUUAUAUCGGCGUUAUGCGUAUUUUGGAACAUUUAGAAAUGUAUACGUUGGAUACAUCCGGCGAACUCGGAGGACCUCCUAGUACAAUUCUCUGCUCCAAGGGUUUCUGGAUUUACACCAAAACCGGCGGCGUUCUAGAGGUUUAUCCUGGUGUCAAUACAAUAAUCAAAAAAGGUGAUCUGAUCGCUCGUAUUAAGAAUAUUUUCGGCAACGUAGUGGAUGAGUACUAUGCUCCUUGCAGUGGCAUUGUAAUUGGUCAAAGCUCAAAUCCUGUAGCUAUGUCAGGCGAUAGAAUUGUACACUUGGGUGUAAUUAAAAAGAAGAGUGAGAGCCUACCAAAAGAGGCAAAGGAGAAUUAUUAG